UGAUGAGAGGAGAGGAAUGCUGUCUGCUGUAGCGCGUGUUAUUUGAGCUGAUUUAGUGGUUUUCGUCGACAGGGUGGAUACGCUUUGAGGCUUUCGAGUAAUGAACAACAUCGAGUUGUUACCUUGAUUAACUGUUCACGCCCUUAUGAAGUACCUAAUGGAAUCUAGCGCAACAGAACACGCGAAAGAGCUCCGCUCUGCCGAUCUCCAAGCCACGUUCGUGGUUGUUGGCGGUGGCAUCGCUGGCGUUUCGUGCACCCAGCAG